UCUCUCUCCCUCUCUCUCACAGCGUCUCAGAAGCCAGAGAGUGGAAGGGAGAAAGAGAAAGUCGUCGUCCGAUGAGACAUUUCUUCUCAUCUCUCCAUCUCCGAGAAUGAAAGUGGAGAGACGAUAGAUAGAUAUAUCAAUGGUAAGAAGAUAGAAGGGGCGAUUUGCGAUGGAUGUGUCCUGGUGGAGCGCCCUACUACUUGGAGCGGGCUGCUUGGCCUUGGGUUACCUAAUCGCGAAUCGCUGCCGUCCGUUCCAUCACUCUUCCCCUCCCAUCCUCGAAGAUGGAAAGCAAAAGAAGAAGAAGAAUCAUCCACAACAGGAACCGCUCGAGAUCGAAAAACUCGCUGACAUUCUAGAAGACUUUAAAAUGGUUUUGGUGGUAAGGAAUGAUCUGAAGAUGGGGAAAGGAAAGAUUGCUGCUCAAUGCAGUCAUGCUACUCUGGGUUUAUAUAAAAAGCUCCAUAACAAGGCGCCAAAAGCACUAAACAGGUGGGAGAUGUGCGGGCAAGUCAAGGUGGUUUUGAAAAUUGAAAGUGAAGAAGAUUUGCUAAUUCUACAAGAGAGAGCAAAGUCGCUGAAGUUACCGACCCACAUUACGAUUGAUGCUGGGAGAACACAGAUUGCACCGAAUUCAAGGACGGUGAUGGCGAUUCUUGGGCCUGCUGAUAUGGUUGAUGAUGUUACGGGUGGAUUGAAACUUUUGUAACAACAAAUGACCCACCUUGACGGCAUCAAUCUCUUGAUUUUCCAUUGAAGGAAUAGAAGGGCAUUUGACUGGGGGCAACUGACUGAGCUAUGCGCUGCCUCCUUGACAGCCAAAGUCUUGAAGGGCACAUGGUGUGCCUUCUUUGUUAUUUGGAGAGAGCAUUAGAUUUCUCUGUCAUUCUCCCUGGAUUCUCAAUUGGACUUGGCAAGUGCAUUAACUUCCAAUAGUAAUUGUCUGAGUGAACAAUCUCCAUACAAUCAAACACUGGAUCACAAAUUGGCUUUGGCUGAAUUUUCUGUUUAUGUUCUAAUGCACCCAAAUGAAUGAUAUUUAAACC